AUGUCCACAUCUAGCAAGUCCAAGUCGGUGUUUCUCAUCGGACCAGGCCUGGUCGGACGCGAGAUCCUCGACCUCCUCCUCGCGGAGCAGUACUCGGUGACGACGCUUGUGCGGCGGGAGUCAUACGCGGCGGAGAUCCGAGAGAGCGCGGCGGCGGCCGGGGCGCAGGUGCAGACGGUGGUGGCAAGCCUGGACGACAGCUCGACGAUCCAGGCGCAGACGGUGGUGCACGACGUGGUCAUCCACACGGCGACGGCCGACCACCUGGCGUCGGUGGAGGCGGUGAUAGCCGGGGUGGAAGCGCGCGCCCGGCUCGGCAAGCAGACCAUCUUCAUCCACACCAGCGGCACCAGCCUGCUCAGCGACGACUCGCGCGGCGAGUACCGCGGCGACCGGAUCUUCGACGACGCCCGGCCCCAAGACAUCGACGCCCUGCCGGACACGGCGGCGCACCGCGAGAUCGACCUGGCCAUCGUGCGCGCCCGGGACCGGCUCGCCAGCGCCGGUGCUCGUGCGAAACUCGCCAUCGUCAUCCCGCCGCUCAUCUACGGCCUCAACCCCAAGUACGGCCGCCUGUCCAUCCAGCUGCCGACCUUGACGCGCUUCGCCCUCAAACACGGCUACGCCGGCCACGUCGGCAAGGGCGCCUCCGUGUGGAGUGACAUCCACGUCUUCGACCUGGCCAGAGCCUACGUCGUGCUGCUGCACUGGCUGGAGCGCGACGACUCCGACGCUGCCGACGACCUGCGAGCAAACCCCUACUUCUUCUGCGAGUCUGGUCACGACUUCUCCUGGGCCGACGCCGCCGCCGUCAUUGGCAAGGAGCUGCACAACGCAGGCCGCAUCCCGUCGCCCGUCCCGACACCCAUCCCGGUCCAGAACUACGACGAUCUGUUCGGCCACUUUACCCCCUGGGUUGUCGGCUCCAACUCCAGGAGUCGCGCUACCAGGUUGCGCUCCUUGGGCUGGGAGCCCAGGGAAAAGUCUCUCUUUGACUCUCUGACCCAGGAUGAGAUUCCGCUCAUCUUGCAGGAGAACCUGGAUACCUUUCAUGGCUACGCCGGCGUCGCCGUCUCUGGCGUCAUGCCGCCUUAG